AUGGGAGCGGGUGGCAAGAAGGCGAAGGCCAAGGAUAAAAAUGGCAAGGCCGGAGCAAAGCAGAAGGUUAAGAAGCCGAAAAGCCCGGAGACCACCGAGGACCAGACAGUAACCGAAUCUCCUGCUCCUGGCAGUCCUGAGCCGGUCGUACAAGAACCAGAGCUCGGCCAAACACCGGAACCAGAGCUACAACAGACCACAGAGGCUGUGCAUUCCGCUGAGACAAGUCCCCCGGCAGCAAUCGACAAUGAGGGAGUUGGUCAUGAACACCAAUCUGCUCCUGACAUCUCAAAGCCAUCACUAUCUGUGAAUGACUACCUGGAAAAAGAAGAAGUCAGCAACGAACACCAAUUUGGUUUCGAGGUCCCGAAACCGCCACUAUCUGUGAUCGACUAUCUCGACAAAGAACAAUUUGAUGACGAACAAAGACCUACUUUCGAGGUCCCGAAACCACCACUGUCUGUGAUUGACUAUCUCGACAAAGAAGAACUUGGUGACGAAAAUCCUUCUAGUCUUGAAGUCUCAAGACCACCCCCGUCCGUGAACGACUAUCUGGAGAAGGAAGAAGAACCUCAAGAAGAACCUCAAGAAGAACCUCAAGAAGAGCAAAGGACACCGACGCCAAUUUCCAAUAGCCAAGGCAUCUCAGAGCUACCCAUUGGGGCAGGAGAAGAUACUUCACCCUUUGAAGAAAGCUCUCAAGUAGAGCGUACGGCGAGAACACCUAGUGUAUCUUCUCCAGUUUCAUCUUUCUCUCCUGUACCAGCUCUGGUGCCGUUGCCAUCGCCGUCUCUGACAGAAGCACGGUUUAUGUCAAGCCCUUCCCCAGAAGCUCAUUACUAUUACCCUACACCUUCACCAUUUUCGCCAUACGCCCAACCCGUAUAUCCUCCAUCGGUAUACGCCUCUCCCAUCCCGAAAGUGAGCAGUCCCCUGGCUCGCUCUCACUACCCGCCCUACAUGUCUCCGAUCAUGUCGCCCACCGCAACCCCUCCACCUGCACCACCGGCGCCAGUCCCAGCUGCCCCUGUGACUUCGGUAGCACCUCCUUCCACUGCCCAAAGCUUCACAACCGCUGUCCACUCUCCCGUCAUGAGCACUGCCAGUGUCAUUCCUCCUUAUGCCCCAUACGCCCCGCCUCCCGCAGAUUCCCACUACAUGCACCGAAGCUACAGCAUGUCUCAUCCAUCCUAUGCCGCAUCAUUCCAGGCUAUCCGUGAUCUAGGCCUGGUCAAUGGUCAAGCACACGAUACCGGCAACUUGUCUCCUCCAGAUAGCGACCAGGAGCAUGUUGAGCUCCUGCAACGGAUCCAAUCCGCCCUUCCCGACAUCAAUCGCCUCCUACAUGGGUUCCGGAAUACCCACAGCAGGCUUUCAAGCCGCGAAGCGGAGUUGAAGCAGGUAGGAGACCAGCACGAACAAGCUCUGAUGCACAAGGAAUUCUACAUCGAGGCUCUUCAGGCCCAAAUGAAAAAGACCGCCAAUGAAAAUGCCGAGGAAUGCGCCAAACUGAAGCACACGAUCAACGAGCUCCGCCUCGAGCUCGGCAACCUGCAAGAGAAGCAGAAAGACCUCGAAGAUGGCUUGGCUGUUCACCAGAAGUCCAAUGAGGAGCUUUCGCGAUCUAAAUCUGACCUCGAGGCUGAAGUGGUGAAAUUGAAUUCCACCAUUCAAGAAACAAAGGAAGCCCACGAAAAGGAGCAGGAGCAACAGAAGGAAGAAACUACAAGGGCGCUCGCGGCCCAGAAACAAGAGCUGACCGAACUUUUUGAGGAGAUCAAGAACGAAGACGAGAAGGCUGCGGCGGACACCUUGGAGGCGCGCGAGAAGGACCUGCAAGACCUUCACGACUCCCACAGGAGUGAGUGGGAGAAAGAGAGGGGGCUUAUGCACGAUAGUCUGGAAUCGCAUCGUAACGAGUUGGAGGCCACCAAGACGGAGUUAGCCGCGAAGGUUGUUGCACUGGAAGCCAAGGAGACUGAGCUGGAGACACAUAUCGCGGAGCUCAACAGCACCCGCGAAGCAGUGGUCGCCAAGAUCGAAGAGCUGGAGGCGAAAGAAAAGGAACUGGAAGAAACCCAUGCCAAGAAUAAAGACGAGCUAGAGACGCUCCAGCAAGCUCAUGGUACUGAAUUGGACUCCUUGCGACAAACCCAUGGCGAAGAGCUUGCAGCGGCUGCGAAGGAGCUCGAUGACAAGCUUGCUGCUCUCGAGGCCCAGUUCCACGAGAAAGAGCUGCAAUGGGAGGAGGAGCGGGCUGCACUGAUGAAGCUGCUGGCUGAGAAGGACAGUGAGCUAAUGAGCAACGAGCAAGAGAAGGAGAAGUUGGAGGGAGACGGUCUCAUCAAAGAACAGCAACUGCAGCGCGCAGUGGAUGAGAUGCGGUCGACUAUCGACCAUUUGGAUCAGGACUGUGACCGACUUCGGAAAACGCUGCACAGCCUUGGCGAAGCGACUGAUCUGAAGACCACCAAGGGCGAUCAAUUCUUUUUGGACUGCUUCACUCAGCUCUCGCAGCUGAUCCACGAUCUCUCCAAGGCGCAUUUUGCCUACCUCCCCAUCGACCCUCCUAAGGAUAUACUCUCCAAGAUCCCCUCUGAGAUCCCCUCGUUCCUCGACAACACUCUUGCCGCGAGAGAGCUGCGCUGUGCCUACGUCCAGCAUGUGAUCACCAAGACCUUAACCUACCGGGUUUUCCAGCCGUUCCUCUUCACCCUCGGCCGGCGGUAUGACAAGGCCGACACCUUCUUCCAAAUGCUGUCCAUGGACAUCCGUCGCAAGUCCGUCCGUCGCGAGGCCUUCUGGCGCCAACAGACCCUCAAAGCGGCCUACACCACCUCCGACGCCAAGCAAUCCAUCAACGUCGCCGCCGCCGUCAUUGUGGACGAGAUCAUCGACCAUAUCCGCCAUUUCGCCGACCCCAAGCAACUCGACCCCUUGCUCACCGGCGUGCGCAAGAUCGUCAAGCUUGCUGCUGAGACAUGGCGCCACGCGCGCGUCGAGCGUGAGCUCGUGCUCGCGUUCUUCCCGGCCCCCGACGCGGAGAGCGUCUCCAACGACGGCUGGAUGGAGUACGGCGUAACCCGUCAGGACUCCACCUCCAGCCCCAAGCCGGAUCCCAGCCGCCACGUCGUGCUCCGUACAUUCCCCCGCGUUCUGCGCGAGCCGGCGCACGAGGACUUUGCGAGCGGCGAGCGUGCCAGUCCCUGUAUCUAUUCGCCGGGCCAGGUGCUAUAUUCAGAUUCCCCGGUCAUCAUGGCGCGGCUGCAGGAGCUGGCGAGGAAAUCGACCGAGACGCUAGUCGCCGCAGACGAGGGUCUGUUUUCGCCGCCCAAGACGCCCCAGGGCUCAAUGGAGAGCCUGAUCGUCAAAGGCAUUGAACAGUUGGCGGCUGAUGCCGCGCCGGUGAAGCUAACCGUCCAGUCGGCGCCGUCGAGUCCUCGUGCGAAACAGCAAUUUGUUAAGGCCGUGGUGUCCCCUCGGUCUUGA